AUGGGAACGGCCAUUCUAAAUGGGCUGCUCAAUGCUCCUCCAGAAGAAGCCAACAAACUCCCCUUCACUCGAUUCAUCGCCUGCGUCCGCAGUCAAAACUCAGAGGAAAGACUCAAAGAGCGUUUCUCCGAACAUCUCGACAAAGUAGAAGUGACCCGGGGCGAAAACAUCUCCGCAGUGCAGAAAUCAGAAGUUAUCAUCUUGGGCAGUGAUCCAGCGGAUAUUGAAACACUCCUCUCACAGCAAGGACUCCGCGAGGCGGUAGCCAACAGGCUCCUAAUCAGCAUUGCUGCAGGCUGGACGCGCCAAAAACUCGAGCAGAGACUCUACGGCAGCGAAACCACAGCCAUCAACACGAACGGCCGCGCCUGGGUGGUGCGCACGCUACCCAACAUCGCAGCGCAAGUUUCGCAGUCGCUGACGGCAAUCGAAGCAUCCGAGCCUGCGCUGCCCAUAGAGUAUCUUGAGAUCACGACCGCCAUUUUCCGGCAGAUCGGCCGGCCGGUGCAUGUGGAUGCACGGCUCAUGAAUGUGACGACGGCGGUUGGCGGGUCGACGCCGGCCUUUUUCGCGGUGAUCUGUGAUGCGCUGAUUGAUGCCGCUGUGGCUGUCGGGAUGCCGAGGGGUCUGGCUCAUACCAUGAUCUUUCAAUCAAUGCAAGGCACGGCUACUAUGUUGCAGGGUGGGGUGCAUCCUGCGUUGCUGAGGGACCAGGGUACCUCCCCCGAGGGCUGCACUAUUGGGGGCUUGAUGGUUAUGGAAGAGGCUGGGGUGCGAGGGCAUGUUGGGCGAGCGCUGAGAGAAGCUGUUACCCUGGCUCGUCUCAUGGAGACGACGGAGCAUGUCAACGACACUAGACAUUAG